UUGUGUUGUAAGGUGGUCGAGCGUUAUUUGUGAGUUAAAAAGUUAACAAAGCAAACGAAUUUAAAAUGGCAAACCAAGACGUUGAUCAACGUUUACGAGAAGUACAAAAAGAAUAUUUAGAUUUCCUGGACGAUGAGGAAGAUCAAGGAAAAUAUUCACAACUUGUGAAAAACAUGAUAGCCGACAAAGGCAGAAGGCUCGUCGUAAACGUGAACGAUCUGCGGAAGAAGAAUCCAGCAAGAGCAAACGCUCUUUUAAACAAUGCAUUUGAAGAACAGGCUGCUUUUCAAAAGGCCCUUAAAGAAUACGUGUUUACAGUUGCCAGUGAAUAUUCAAAGGAUCGAGAUGAUUUCUUUGUGGCCUUUGAAGGCAGCUUUGGAAACAAACAUGUCACACCUCGAACUCUAACUUGUAGAUAUCUAGGCAAUUUAAUUUGUGUUGAGGGCAUUGUCACUAAGUGCUCACUGAUUCAUCCUAAGGUGGUACGCAGCGUGCAUUAUUGCAAAGCCACUAAAAAAAUCAUGGAGAGAAAGUACACUGAUCUUACAUCUCUAGAGGCAUUUCCAAGUGGAGCAGUAUACCCCACAAAGGAUGAUGAAGGAAACACAUUGGAAACUGAAUUCGGAUUGUCAAGUUACAAAGAUCAUCAGACGAUAUCGAUUCAAGAGAUGCCCGAAAAAGCACCCGCCGGCCAGUUGCCUCGUUCGGUUGACAUCAUUUGCGACAACGAUUUAGUUGACGUGUGCAAACCGGGAGAUAGAAUCCAAGUGGUUGGAAAUUUCAGAUGUCUACCCAGUAAACAAGGCGGAUUUACCAACGGAACAUUUAGAACUACAGUGAUCGCGAACAACAUUACGCAAUUGAGCAAAGAAGCCAAUCCAUCGAUAUCACGUGAAGACGUGGCAAGAUGCAAAAACCUUGCUAAAACGAACAAGAACGUGUUCAACUUGCUGGCCAAGUCGUUGGCGCCUUCGAUUCACGGCCACGAGUACGUCAAACGGGCGAUCCUCUGUCUUCUGUUGGGCGGAGUGGAAAAGGUGUUACCGAACGGUACGCGACUGAGGGGUGACAUAAACGUUCUACUGAUCGGCGAUCCUAGUGUGGCCAAGUCGCAGUUGUUAAGAUACGUUUUGUGCACGGCGCCGAGAGCGAUUCCGACGACCGGAAGGGGAUCCUCCGGUGUCGGUCUCACGGCUGCCGUCACGACAGACCAAGAAACCGGCGAAAGACGCUUGGAAGCGGGCGCGAUGGUUUUGGCCGACAGAGGAGUCGUCUGUAUAGAUGAAUUCGAUAAAAUGAGCGACGUCGACAGGACCGCCAUUCACGAGGUCAUGGAACAGGGUCGUGUCACCAUCGCCAAAGCCGGAAUCCAUGCCAGUCUGAACGCCAGGUGUUCAGUGUUGGCAGCCGCCAAUCCAGUUUACGGAAAGUACGAUCAGUACAAAACGCCGAUGGAGAAUAUCGGCCUGCAAGACUCACUCUUGUCUCGUUUCGACUGUCUGUUCGUUUUGUUGGACACCAUUGAUGAGGAUAACGAUUUGAAAAUCGCCGAUCAUGUUGUCAGAAUGCACAGAUACAGAAAUCCUCUGGAGCAAGACGGUGCGGUACUUCCGAUGGGCUCAAAUGCGGAUAUGUUGAGCACAAUGAAUCCGGAUAACGAAGAUGUCGAUAAGGAAACUCCGCUCUACGAAAAGUACGAUGCUCUGCUUCACGGAGCGAGUCGUAAGAAGACCGACAAGAUAUUGAGUGUCGAGUUUAUGAGAAAAUACAUACAUUUCGUCAAGAUAUUGAAACCAGCGUUGACGGAAGAAGCAUCCGAAAUUAUCGCCGACGAGUAUUCCAAAUUGAGAUCGGAGGAUAUCAUGGACAAUAACGUGGCAAGGACGCAACCGGUGACCGCUCGUACUUUGGAGACGAUGAUUCGUUUGGCAACAGCACACGCUAAAGCUCGCAUGUCUCGCUCAGUUACCGCGGAAGAUGCCUACGCCGCCAUAGAAUUAGUCCAAUAUGCAUAUUUCAAAAAGGUCUUGGAGAAAGAGAAGAAAAGGAAAAGGAAGACUAACGGCGACGACACCAGCGACGAAUCAGACAGUGAACCAAAAACAGCGAAGAAAACGAGAUCCAUGACCUCGUCUCAAACUGCCGGAGAUGAAUCGGAUGGGGAAACGAUAUCCACACAAAGCUCGACCAGAAGCAGCAGGAAACAUCGAGAACCGGAAGAAACGUUGGCCCAAGAAAUAACACCAACGCCUCCAGCCCAAGAGUCUAUGGAUGUUGAUGAUUCCGCUCCAAUUUCCCACGACAGAUUGCAAAUUUUCAAAAGCAGUCUUCAUAGGGCCUUCAAAGAAAGCCGAAGUCAGUCGUUAUCUUUAACGAAAGUACGAGAGUUCGUAAACCAAAACAAUCAAGCUCCGUUUUCGCAGGCCGAAAUCGGUUCUGCCAUCGACAAAAUGACGGACGACAAUCAAGUUAUGAUGGCAGAUGGUAUCGUUUUCUUGAUUUAACUCCUCCCCUAUGAUAGUGUAUGUUGUCUAAUCUUAGUUUUUAAUAAUAAUUAAUAAUUUUACGAAUAAACUUUUAAAAUGAAAUAUAUAUAGCAUCCGAUUCUGUUUAAUGUACAUUUGUUCAGUUUUAGCUCAUCAAAACAACCAUUUAUUUAUUGAUUAUUCUUUUAUUAUGUAUUUUAUAUGAAAUAAAUAAAAAUAAUUACAAUUUA